AUCUACCUCAUCUCUUUCUCUUCCUUUCUCAGACCUUUUCUUCUCCUCUCUCUCUCCCCCUUGAUUUUUGCUUCUCUUCUUUCGAUUCUCCUCUCCCCCCCUCCAUAUUUCUUCCCUCCUCCUUUCUUCUCCGUCUUUCUUCCAAAUUUGGGCUAUGGCGGCGAUGGUGGCGGCGAUUGUGGCGGCUAACGUGAUGUUGUGAUGGUGGUAAAUGGGACAGUGUUGGGGCUUACCAUGAUGGUGGGGAUGCCAACGAGGGUGGGGCUGACGGCGAUAAAAAGAUUAAUGGUGGUGGCAAGGGCUGGGCUAGCGGUGGUGAUGGGGACUAGGGAAGAUGGUCGGAGCACGGGCGGUGAAGGGGUAGUGGUGGGGCUCAAGUUGGCGGUGGGGGCUAGCGAAGGUCAUAACUAGAGACGGCGAGCUUCCUCAUUCAUUCACUAUUUCAACUCAUAAGUCAACCAUUCAAAAAUGAAAAAAACUCCAAAUG